AAAAUUGUAAACGCGAACUGGAGGGACCGAUAAUGAGAUGUGCAAGAUUCGAAAGUGGCAAAAAAUCGCAUUUGAAUGCAAUGAGAGGUGUGGAAAAUGCGGCAAUGACGUCGAGUGGCAAGAUGACGAAGAGGAGCGACAACUCCUCUCCUCGAAGAGGUUGUCAAGAGCAGUCGGCCCCCGGUCAGCACAGCACGCCGGUCGCGCGGAAACAGGGCGCGAACGCGGACGCGGAGAAAUCUCCGGAACCCGAUUACUUCCCGAGCCCGAUCUUGCCGUCGUACACGCAGGAGGGCGGCAACGAGGUCGCGUGGGACUGGCAAAGCAGCUCUCUGAGCAGGACCCCCGAGAGCAGGAGCAAGAAGCCGAGCGUCCAGGGCGAGACGCCCAAGGGAACCAAGCUGCUGCAGAGGAAGAGGAACUCGAAUUCACCCCUGCUGUACAAGCCGCUCAAGAGGAAGACCAUCAAGAGGGAGAACAUAGAGAACAUUGGACAAUUUGCGGCUGAGCUGCAGGCAUUAAGCGAGAGAAUGAGGGUGAUAAAGCAAAGCGACAAGAAUCCCUCGAGCGACGCUCCUUGCGUCAAGGAGGAGGAGAUGCCGAUGUUACCGAACACAAGUGGCAUGACAGAGACGUCAGUAGUUAAAAACGACGGGCAGAAUAGCGUCGGAAGAUGCAACGAUAACGAUAACGAGCUGAAUAACGUCGAAGAGACGGAAGAUCGUGGCGACACCGGCAGCAAGGAAGCGGCCGGGAGUUACGACGAUCUGUUUGACGAUUCCGUGGACGACGAUAUGAUCAGGUGCACUCAGGAGAUCGAGGAGAAGUUUAGUUUGUUGGAAAGGGGGAAUUCCGCGCAAUUACAGGUCAAGAAGGAGGAAUCGUGCAGCGCAAAUGACGUAGCCGUUAAGGCGUCCGUACAGUUUAGUUCGAGGGAGACCAGCAGGCAGCCGUUAGUCAGAAAUACUUUAGGCGCGGGCGACAGUAGUACGUUAAAAACAUACUCGAAGCUGAGACGAGACGCGGACUCGAGCGUGCACGCCGCGGCGCAGAGAAGUAAAGACCCACCUAAACCGUGUCCGAAUAACAAUAACACGAUACGCCCCGUUCACGCCGCGAAGCCGUGCGACAGUAAGAAACUGCCGAAGAGUAAUACCGUAGACCUGUUUGAUUUUGCAGACGACUCCUUCGACGAUUGGUUAGCGACCUGCGUCGAGGACGAGAAGAAAUUACUGCCCGACGACGUAUCCUUAUCCCGUAAAAACGACGGCGCCAGGCUUCAAGGCAAUUACAGGCGUUUGACCAACGCGGCGUUGAAGUCCGAGAUCAAAUCCGCCGACUCGCUCAAACCCAUGGCGAGGGCGUCGGGCCCCGAGACGUCCAACAACGUUAACUACCUGGAGAACAGAAAGUUCUUCAAAACCAAGAGCCUGUCGGAUCAGUACGUUAGCCGGGACGCGAGCGCGAAGGGUAGUACGAUGAGCGUCUCGUGUCGAUCUUACGCGACGAGGCCCGCGUUACCGCAUCCGAGCGUGUCGAGAGGUUCGAUCGCGCACACGAGUGGCACGCGUGCCCCCGUAAGUACAACAACAGCAACAACAACACCGAUCGUUACGUCGAACGGCCACAAGCCCGAGAAUAAUGCAAUUUCGUUGAUGCGCGGCACGGAUUGUACGUGGCGCGGGUCCGACGCUGUUAACAGGUGCGCGGUAAAAAGCGAUGGUGAUCGCUUCGUUAAGCAUCGUUCGACCGGUAGUAUGAAAAGCGAUACGCGGGAAACGGCGAGAACCGGCUCGCAGCCCACGACGGCACCACGGACGUGCACCGCGGAAGAGAUCGAGAGAAAGAGAUUGCAGGCCGUGGCGAGGCUCGAGGCGAAAAGAAAGUUACACUUCACGAAGACCACGAAUAGCAUCAAUAGGUGAAACCGCAUAUGCCUUACGUUUUUUAUAUUUACUUAUCACGAGGAAGCGAUGACUUUCUUAAUCACAAUGUUGUUCCAACGACAAAAACUAUCUUCCUGUGAUCGUCGUUAUCAUUGUCUUUAUUGUAAUCAUUGUUAUAUUGUAGAACGUUUUAAAGAGAAGUUUCGCAAAUAUAUUUAUAAUUAUA